GACGAGGACCCGGAGAAGGAGACUGACGUUCAGUUCGAGCCCGUCGUCCACCUCACCGAGAAGGUCGACACCAAGACCAACGAGGAGCUCGAGGAGCAGACCUUCAAGAUGCGCGCCAAGCUCUUCAAGUUCGAUCGCGAGUCCCGGGAGUGGAAGGAGAGGGGCACCGGCGACGUCAGGUUAUUGAAGCACAAGGAGAACGGAAAGACUCGCCUCGUCAUGCGACGGGACAAGACCCUCAAGGUCUGCGCCAACCACUACGUCGUCCCCGACAUGAAGCUCUCCCCCAACGUCGGCAGCGACCGCAGCUGGGUAUGGAACGCCGCCGCCGACGUCAGCGAGGGCGAGCCCGAGGCCCAGACCCUCGCCAUCCGUUUCGCCAACAGCGAGAACGCCAACCUCUUCAAGGAAGCCUUCAUCAAGGCCCAGCAAGAGAACGAGGCUCUCUUCAAGGCCGGAGAGGUUUAA